AUGGAGCUGCAAUCAUCCAACUUUGCUUGCAGAGGCCCUGCCAGGUCAACGCUGAAAACCCAGCAGAGUCCGAAGCUCAUAUCUUCGGAGAAGUUCGAAGAGGAGGACAAUGAAGAAGACGAGGCAGAGGAGUACGACGACGACAUGGAAGAGGAAGACAUGGAGGAGUUCCAUGCAGCAGACGACGAGGCCGAGGUCAGCGAAGACGAAGGCGAGGACGGCAGAGAAGGGGAGCUUGAAGUUGAAGAGGAGGAGGACGAGGAGAGUGGUGAGCUGCCGGACUCUGGCGAACAGUCUGGCAUGCAGAUGCCCUCGAAUCGCUCUGCCAGGCGAAAGGGCGGGCGGUCCCAGCGUGGGCGCGGCAUGUCUGGCCGUGCUGCUCCUGGUCGUGCGGGCACUGGCCGCGCCGGCAGUGCUGGCGCACCGGCCGGUGGCCGGGCUGGCGGCCGUGCUGGCAGAGGCGGCACACGCAUCUCAGUCGGAAAGCCUGUCGCGCGACCUGGUGGACGCUCUGGAGGCCGCGGCCGCGAAGGCCAAAGUGCCCGCGGUGGCCGCAGCGGUCCGCCCAUGGGCAAAGGGGGCAAAGGAGGAGGUCGCGCAAAUGCACAAGGCAACGUGACAGGCGGCGGUGGCAGAGCUCCUGGACGAGGAGGGCGAGGAGGGCCACAGAGUGUUCGUCAGCGGCUACUCCGGCGAGCGCUGCGCCAAAGACGCCAGCAGCAGAAGACCAGGGACCUCUCGCUGAGUGGUGGCCGCCAAGAGCUGAGUGGCAAGGGCCAGGCCAAGGCCUGA